AUGGGAGGUCUACAAAAUUUGAUUAAUUGUUCUCUAUCAUACAACAGGUUAGAUGGCCCCAUUCCAGAUUCUUUUGGGAAAAUGUUAAGCUUGGAAUUGUUGGAUUUAAGUUAUAACAAUCUAACUUGUGAAAUACCAAAGUCCUUAGAAGCUCUUGUGUACCUCAGAUACCUUAAUGUUUCCUUCAAUAAACUCAGCGGAGAAAUUCCAUCUGGUGGUCCUUUCGUAAACUUCACCAAUCAGUCUUUUGUGUCUAAUCAUGCAUUAUGUGGUGUAUCAAGGCUCCAAGUGCCACCAUGUCAAGUCAACUCUCCGCGAAGGGCGAGGAGAAAAAGAGUGCUUUUCUCGAUCCUGUAUAGUCUUUUGGGAAUAACAUCAGUAUUUGUUGCACUAGCCCUUGGAUUUCUGAUUUCUCGAGCUCUCUUAAAGAAAUUUCUGCACCUGGGGUUCAUCCCUAAAACUGUUAGAGGUUUGCAGAAGAUUCAAAGGUUUUUUAUACAAAGUAACAUGAUAAGUGGGACUAUUCCAGAUGAAAUUUGCUCUUUACAAAAUAUUGGAGACCUGAGUGUUAGGAAAAAUAGAAUUUCAGGUCCAUUACCGUCGUGUUUGGGGAACCUUACUAGUUUGAGAAAUCUUUAUUUAGCUUCCAACAGAUUGAACUCCAGUUUACCCGAGAGCCUGUGGAGCCUUCAAGAUCUAUUGAUAUUUGAUGCAGCAUCAAAUUCAUUUUCUGGUGUUCUGUCUCCCCUAAUUGGAAAUCUAAAGGCUGUCACAAACAUUGAAUUGUCAUACAAUGACUUUUCAGGCAUGAUUCCUAGCACGAUAGGAGGUCUACAAAAUUUGAUUAAUUGUUCUCUAUCAUACAACAGGUUAGAUGGCCCCAUUCCAGAUUCUUUUGGGAAAAUGUUAAGCUUGGAAUUGUUGGAUUUAAGUUAUAACAAUCUAACUGGUGAAAUACCAAAGUCCUUAGAAGCUCUUGUGUACCUCAGAUACCUUAAUGUUUCCUUCAAUAAACUCAGCGGAGAAAUUCCAUCUGGUGGUCCUUUCGUAAACUUCACCAAUCAGUCUUUUGUGUCUAAUCAUGCAUUAUGUGGUGUAUCAAGGCUCCAAGUGCCACCAUGUCAAGUCAACUCUCCGCGAAGGGCGAGGAGAAAAAGAGUGCUUUUCUCGAUCCUGUAUAGUCUUUUGGGAAUAACAUCAGUAUUUGUUGCACUAGCCCUUGGAUUUCUGAUUUCUCGAGCUCUCUUAAAGAAAUUUCUGCACCUGGGUGCAAACUCAGCGGCAUUAUACCAGAAGAAAUUGGAAACCUAA